GCAGGCACCUCGCAUCCUGCACAUCUUGCCUGGCAUCCAAAGUCAAGAUGUCUGCGGAAAACCCCAAAAAAGAUACAGAUAAAAGCAUCACGAUCUGGCCGCAAUGGCUAGCUGCUUGUACACUCAGCUUAGCUGUUAUCGGAAGUGGUCUCGCGAAUGGUUGGGUAUCGCCGUACUUGGCUCAACUGACAUCAACGGAAGCGAACAUGCCUUUGAGACUGACAGAUACCGAAGCGUCCUGGGUUGCUUCCCUUUUAAAUCUUGGUCGCCUUGCCGGGGCUUUGCUCAGUGCAGUGUGUCAAGAGUAUGUUGGACGGAAGUGGGUGCUUCUACUUAGUGGACUACCGUUGACAGCGAGCUGGGUAUUCAGCAUUUGCGCUACAUCGGUCAUGUGGCUCUACAUCUCUAGAUUCUGUUCGGGUAUCGGAUCAGGAAUAUUGUGGGCUGCGUUGUCCUUAUAUCUAAGUGAAAUCGCCAAUCCGAAAAUUCGUGGAUCGCUGAUAGUCAUGAACGUGAAUGCAUCUUCCUUCGGUAUGUUCUUGGGCAAUGCAAUGGGUCCUUAUCUGUCCAUGGAGAUAUUCGGGUACGUGAGCCUCGUUCCGAAUAUCCUCUUCAUGAUCCUCUUCAGUUUGAUACCCGAAUCACCCUACCAUUACCUCCUGCACGGGGAUAUCGACAAGGCCGAGGCAUCCUUGAAGUGGUUUAGGCGAGAAGCUGACGUCAAAGCCGAGAUGCAAGAUCUUCAAGAAUUCGUCGACGGAGCUGAAACUAAUAUUUUCCUAAAGUUGAAGGAGUUCCUUAUGCCAAGUAAUUUAAAGAAACCCCUCAUCGUAAUUGGUGUCUACGUGUUCUCUUAUGUGAGUGGAUACAGUGCUCUGAACUCUUAUGCAGAAAUAAUCCUGACAAAAAGCGAAAUUAGCAUAAAACCCAGCAUAGUGGUUACGAUCCUUGGAUUGUCCACGAUUGUCGCCGGUUCGACAGUCACGUUGCUAGUUGACAAAUUGGGCAGAAAAUAUCUUUUAAUAAUGUCUAGUAUAGGAACAUCGAUAUCCUUAGCACUUUUAGGAUUACACUUUCAUCUUCUUUCAUUGGAAUACGAUCCCAAAAGUUUGACGUGGUUGCCGAUAUUCGCUUUAUUAUUUUUCAAUUUGUCUAUGUCUUGUGGACUGCAGCCGAUUCCAAAUACACUUUUAGGUGAAAUGUUCACUGCAAAUUUAAAAACCAUGGCAUCGUUAUGCGUAAGUACAAGCAAUGCUUUGUUAUCAUUCACAAGUACAAAAACUUAUCAGCCUUUGUUGGAUUUAAUCGGCGACAAAUUCGUGUAUUGGAGUUAUAGUAUCUGCCUGUUAUUUUCGGUACCGUAUGUACAUUUUUUAAUCCCAGAAACGGCAGGCAAAAGCCUUUUAGAAAUCCAGCGAUCGAUAAAAAAAUGGUAAUGCGUGGAACUUUUUCAAUUUCAUAAUAACUUUACGA